GAAACUCCCCAAACUUCUUUCUCUGGGAAUUGAAAAUCUGUCCAUUUCAGAGUCCAAAAAGUCCCCACAAAGCAUCCACCAUUACUGCAUUUCUCCACACUCUUGUCUUUCAUCCUGUAGGAGACUUCAUACUUCAGUCCACAAUGUCCCUCUCCUCCUUCAUCUUUCUCUUCCUCCUCUUCCUCUGCAACUCCCACUUCUUGACCUCUACCCCCAUUCUAAACCAGCACCACCACCGUCGGAUCCUUCACCAACCCUUCUUCCCUCUCGAUUCCUUCCCUCCAACCCAACCCCCAUCUUCAUCUUCUUCACCUCCACAACAUCCUAAAUUCCCUUUCUCUUCUGGUUCCAACAACCAACCAUUCUUUCCAUCUUUAUCUUCUCCACCUCCUCCUCCCUCUCCCUCCUCUUUUGCCACAUUCCCUGCUAACAUCUCCUCUCUCAUCUUGCCUGAAUCCCCUCACCGCAAACGCUUCUCUUCAAAGCUCCUAAUCAUCACUGUAGUACUCUCUCUUCUCGCCAUCUCCUUCAUCCUUGCCUUCGCCGUCCUCUUCUACCGCAGAAGACGUCGCAACAGCAGUUUCGCGAAUGUCAAAACCUCCAGAUCCGAUAGCCACCGCUUGUUUCCGGCCCACACUGCUCCUUCAGACGGCCACCACCACAAGGUUCGUGGCAUCUCGGCUACAAGCUCUGAGUUCCUCUAUCUGGGUACUCUUGUAAACUCUCGUGGGAUCGAUGGAGAUGGUGAAGGAGGUGCUGCCGGUGCUGGUGCCGGAAUCGGUUCCGGUGAGUCACCGUACCGGAAACUGGGCUCCCCAGAGCUCCACCCGCUUCCGCCCCUGUCAAGGCAGACUUUCAGUCAGAGCUUUGAGAAUGCUGAAGAGGGUACUUCAGGAGAAGAGGGAGAGGAAGAGUUUUACUCACCAAGAGGUUCUGCCGGUAGUAAGGAGAGCCCAGCUCUUACAGGUUCGAGCUCAAGAAGAGCGUUUCAAUCUGUGGUUGCAGAGAAUUUCGAAAGCAGGAGCUCGAAUUCGAGUACUCCGUCUUACCCUUCUUCAGGCUCUGCCUCUCCUAAUUCUUCACUGUCUAACACUCCUCCCUCUCCUCCGCCGCCGGUGAGCUUAAGCUCCAAGUCAAAAUCACCGAAAUCGCCAGUGUUUGUGGCGAAAUUGCCUCCUCCGCCACCACCUCCAUCGCGGCCGCCUCCAUUAGCUCCGUCACUGGCGAGGAAUUCCAAUGUUUCUCAGCAAAAUCCUGAAUCUCCAGCGAGGAAUUCCAAUGUUUCUCAGCAAAAUCCUGAAUCUCCAGCGAGGAAUUCCAAUGUUUCUCAGCAAAAUCCUGAAUCUCCAGCGAGGAAUUCCAAUGUUUCUCAGCACAAUCCAGAAUCUCCAGCGAGGAAUUCCAAUGUUUCUCAGCACAAUCCAGAAUCUCCUGCUAGGAAUUCCGAUGUUUUUCAGCGAAGUCUGCAAUCUCCGACAAGAAUUAGCAGUAUUUCCAGGCAGCCCCCCUCUGUUCCUCCGCCACCACCACCGCUCCCGUUGCCGCAGCAUAGAUUCUGGGAAGCCCCCAUUCGUCCUCUGUCGACCCGUGAUGCAGUUGGUUUGCCUCCUGAGCUUAUUGUUCCUUCCAGACCUGUAGGUUUCCAGAUGUCUGGUGCACGUUCUCCAGUUGAAUUAGCACAGAAUUCAGAAUCUGUAGAAAGAAAUGAGGAGACUCCGAAACCAAAGCUGAAGCCUUUACACUGGGACAAGGUCCGAGCAAGCUCUGAUCGUGCCAUGGUGUGGGAUCAGCUGAAAUCAAGCUCUUUUCAAUUAAAUGAGGAGAUGAUUGAGCAAUUGUUUGUUGUAAAUGCCACCAACUCAAUUCCCAAGGAGGUUACUCGACCUGUUCUUCCCCAACCAAACCAAGAGAGUAGGGUACUUGAUCCGAAGAAGUCUCAGAACAUCGCAAUCUUGCUCAGGGCACUGAAUGUGACUAUAGAAGAAGUCUGUGAAGCCCUUUGGGAAGGUAAUGCCGAUACCUUGGGGACAGAGCUUCUUGAAAGUCUAUUGAAGAUGGCUCCAACCAAAGAGGAAGAACGUAAACUGAAGGACUACAGAGAUGAUUCAGCAUACAAACUUGGCCCUGCAGAAAAAUUUCUCAAAGCGUUGCUUGAUAUCCCUUUUGCAUUCAAGAAGGUGGACGCAAUGCUCUACAUAGCCAAUUUUGAUUCAGAGAUUGAGUACUUAAAGAAGUCGUUUGAAACUCUGGAGGCAGCGUGUGAAGAACUGAGGAACAGCAGGAUGUUUUUAAAGCUUCUAGAAGCAGUUCUUAAGACUGGAAACCGCAUGAAUGUUGGAACCAACCGUGGGGAUGCCCAUGCCUUCAAACUUGACACCCUGCUUAAGCUUGUUGAUGUAAAGGGUACUGAUGGGAAGACCACACUAUUGCAUUUUGUUGUACAGGAAAUCACAAGAGCUGAAGGCUCUCGUCUUUCUGGUGCAAAUCAAAGUCAGACCAAUGGAAAACCCCAGCAGCCCACUUUCCAGGAGGAUGUUGAAUUAAGGAAGCUUGGUCUACAAGUUGUUGCUGGCAUUAGUGGUGAAUUAACCAAUGUGAAGAAAGCUGCUGCAAUGGAUUCUGAGGUGCUUAGCAAUGAUGUCUCAAAGCUCGCUAGGGGGAUUGGGAACAUUAGUGAGGUUAUCAGAUUGAAUGAAGCUGCAGGGUCGAAGGAUACCAAUCGUGGGUUCUCUGAAUCAAUGAACGCAUUCUUGAAAAAGGCUGAGGAGGAUAUUAUACAGGUUCAAGCCCUAGAGAGUGUAGCUCUCUCAUUGGUAAAAGAGAUAACUGAGUAUUUCCACGGGAAUUCAGCAAAGGAAGAAGCCCAUCCAUUUAGGAUCUUCAUGGUGGUGAGGGACUUCCUGUCCAUUCUUGAUAAGGUUUGCAAGGAAGUUGGGAAGAUAAAUGACCGAACAAUAGUGAGUUCAGCACGACAAUUUCCAGUACCAGUAAAUCCGAUGAUGCAGCCAUUUUUUCCUAGAUUUAAUGCUCGGAAACAAAGCAGUUCAUCUGAUGAUGAGGGUUCAUUGUCAUCAUAGUAUUAAUGUCUGGUAUAACUUUUCUUCUCUCUAUCAAAACCACCGCCAGACAUGGCGGAGCUUGGGUUCGCGGCUACUGCUGCUGCUGGAUGUUUAAACUAAGAUCACUCUUCUGUAUUUAUAUAAGCUCAUGUAAAAGAUUUUGGAAUUGUUUCAACCUAUAUGUAAUAUAAUAGAUGAUGUUAACUCACGGAA